CUUGCUUUCUCAUCUCCCUCCAAAUCACACAGCAGCAACAAUGGGCAAGGCUUACGUUAUCGGUGUCGGUUCGACCAAGUUCGACAAGCCCCGCGGGCUGCGCGAGUACGACGACCUCGGUGUCGAGGCUGCCGUCAAGGCCCUGAUUGACGCCGGCAUCACCUACGACCAGGUCGAGUCGGCCGCGGCCGGCUACGUCUACGGCGACAGCACCUGUGGCCAGCGCGUGCUCUACCAGCUCGGCAUGACGGGUAUCCCCAUUGUCAACGUCAACAACAACUGCUCCACCGGCUCGUCGGCCUUCAUCCUCGCCGUGCAGUCCGUUGUGGGCGGGCAGGCCGAGUGCGCGCUGGCUGUCGGCUUCGAGCGCAUGGCCCCCGGCUCCCUCGGCUCGGCGUACAAGGACCGCCUCUCGCCCACCGAGGGCACUAACCGCCAGCUGGUCGAGAUUGAGAACUCGAAGAACUACGCUACCAAGGAGAGCGGGCCUGGUGCGGGCCGCAUCUUCGGCGCCGGCGGCCUCGAGUACUGCGAGAAGUACGGCGCCACCCAGGAGCACAUGUACAAGAUCUCGGCCAAGAACCACGCGCACUCGGCCAAGAACCCGUACUCGCAGUUCCGGUUCACGCCCACGUGGGAGGAGGUGGCCAAGAGCCGCAAGAUCACGCGCGAGCUCACGCUCCCCAUGUGCUCGCCCACGUCUGACGGUGGCGCCGCCGCCGUCGUCGCGUCCGAGGCCUUUGUCAAGAAGCACGGGCUCGAGGACCGCGCCGUCGAGGUCGCCGGCUGGGCGUUGACGACCGACGCGCCGAUGCUGUACGACGCCAAGAGCCGCAUCGAGCUCACGGGCGCCGACAUGGCGCGCCGCGCCGCCAAGAAGGCGUACGCCAUGGCCGGCGUCACCCCCGCCGACAUCCAGGUCGUCGAGCUCCACGACUGCUUCGCGCCCAACGAGCUGCUGACGUACGACUCGCUCGGCCUGUGCAAGCCCGGAGAGGCGCACAAGAUCGUCGACGCCGGAGACAACACGUACGGCGGCAAGUGGGUCGUCAACCCCUCCGGCGGCCUCGAGUCCAAGGGCCACCCCCUCGGCGCCACCGGCCUCGGCAUGAUCUUCUACCUCACCCUCCAGGUCCGCGGCGAGGCCGGCAACCUCCAGGUCCCCAAUGUCCGCAACGCCCUGCAGCACAACCUCGGCCUCGGCGGCGCCUGCGUCGUCACCGUCCUCCGCAAGCCCAGCUUCUACAAGAAGGGCUCCACCUCGGCUGACCGCUACGGCUACAACGUCGCCAACGAGGUCCGCGGCAUCACCAAGGCCGACCUCAACAAGGUCCGCGCCAAGCUCCACUCUGACUACAUCCCCGUCAAGGUCCAGGACGCCGCCCGUCUGUAAAAGAAUGCGAGUGCGAGUCUGAGUGCAGUGAUAGGUGUGAGCGCGGGCUAGCCGCGUUAGCACAGUAGUGGUCUCUUGUCUAGGUUAUAGGGGAGAUUGUCAGACGUAUGAAUCAUAUGGGACA